GGCUGCGUGACGUCACUGAAGGCUGGAGCGGUCCCUUGAUUGGAGCAGGAGGGGGAGAAAAAUGGGGAGAAGAUUAGGAGGACCUUAGGAAAGGCAACCAUGGCAGAUGAAGUGAGACGACCAGCUGAAUGUUGCCACCCAGUGCGGUCAUGUGACUGACCUGGCUCUUCUCUCCUGCUGAUGUCCGGUAGUUGCCCUGUUCUCACCAUGAGAGGAUCCGCCAGGUGCUCGAGCUCAGUGCCCUCAGACUGGCGCUACCGUUGUGCUGCGUGAGCGCCCCCCCCUCCUCCGGCAGUUACUGCACGGAAUGGCAUCUUUGGACCUGCCAUACCGCUGUCCUCGCUGCGGGGAGCACAAGCGCUUCCGAAGCCUGUCGUCGUUGCGUGCCCACCUGGAGUACAACCACACGUACGAGACCCUUUACGUCCUCUCCAAAUCCAACAGUGUAUGUGACGCUGCUGCUCUGCUACCCCUAGUGGCCGAGGGAGCUCUGCUCGCACCCGCCAAUAACAACGACCCUUUUGAGCCACUUCGGCCUUCAGCUUUAAAGGAGCGGCGCUUUCCUUGCCGUGAGCUUCCUUGUGCAGACGACCUGAGUUUGACCCCAGCUAACUCCAACACUGCAGCCCGGUAUAUUCCUAAUGUGGAGUUUCCCCUGGGGGAGAUUUUUAUGAAAAAAGCCAUGACAUCCACAGAUCCAGGUCCCCAUGGAAACCCCAGCACAGCUGUAGCGGUGGCAGCUAAUGUAGCAGCCAGUGCAGUCGAAGCAGCGUAUGAGGAAGGCCUGGCCAGGCUGAAGGCGCGGGCGUUUGAACGGCUGGAGCUGGAUGAAAGGCUGGAGAAGCUGUCUGAAGAGGUGGAGCAGAAAAUAGCGGCCCGUGUAGGCCGUCUUCAGGCGGAGCUGGAGAGGAAGAGCUCAGAGUUGGAGCGGGCCAAGCAGGAGAGUGAACGGCUGAGCCAGGAGAAACAAGACCUGGAGGACAAGGCCUCGGAGCUUUCUCGGCAGGUGGACGUCUCCGUGGAGAUGCUAGCCAAUCUCAAGCAGGACCUGGUGAACAAGGAGGCAGAGCUGAACCACAAACAGCAGGAGGUCGCCCAGAUUGACCAGUUCCUUCAGGAGACGGCGGCCCGUGAAGCCAACGCUAAGGUACGCUUGCAGCAGUUCAUUGAGGAGCUUCUGGACCGAGCUGACCGAGCCGAAAAACAGCUGCAGAUCAUCAGCAGCUGUGGCACCACGCCGAACGGCAGCCUGGGACGCUGCAGCCUGCAGGCCUCGAAGGGCAACGGACGCCAGAGAAACUCGAGCAUCUCUGGGAGCACGAGGGGAAUGUACCAAGUGUCAGAGCGACGUUCCUCUCCCAGCACAGGAGCAUCAGGGAGGAUCAAGUCUGUCUCGCAAGGCUCUGGAGGUUACGACAGUGAUAGUGUUGAGAUGCAUCCCAUGGAGGACUGUCCUGAAGCUCAGUACUAUCACAUGCAGUGCCGGUUGAAUGAGGGGGGUUACGAACGCUCACCUGGAUGCGGCUCGAGAAACUGGGGUCUUCGUAAACAGGCUAUCCAGAACUGGCAGCGGCGACCUUACAGGAACAGCACUGAAGGCGAGGAGGGAGACGUAUCUGAUGUGGGUUCCCGAACCACCGAGUCUGAAGUGGAGAUGUGGGAGCAAGAGAGGAGGGCUGUGGCGGAAGUCCAGCAGUCUGCUGCGCCCUAUUCUCACAGCAGAGCAGCAUACCGCCCCAACGCCGGUCGGUCUGAAGGUGUCUACAGCAAGCCAUGCAGACAUGAAAAGAGUCCUUCCAAAUCCAAUGAGGUGAUCAGUCCAGAGAUCCUGAAGAUACGUGCUGCCCUCUUUUGUAUCUUCACCUACCUGGAUACUAAGACCCUGCUGAGAGCUGCCGAGGUCUGCCGCAAUUGGAAGUUUGUGGCCCGCCACCCAGCCGUGUGGACCAGAGUGCUGCUAGAGAACGCUCGCAUUUCUUCCAAGUUUCUUAGCACAAUGUCUCAGUGGUGCACUCAGACGCACUCUCUGAUCCUGCAAAACCUUAAACCAAGACAGCGGGGCAAGAAGGAAACCAAGGAGGAUUACCUGAAAAGCACACGUGGCUGUCUGGAGGAGGGUCUGGAGGCGUUGUUAAAGGCCACAGGAAGUAACCUGCUGAUACUGAAGAUUUCACACUGCCCCAACCUGCUGACUGAUCGCUCCCUUUGGCUGGCCAGCUGCUACUGCCGAGCCCUUCAGGCUGUAACAUACAGGAGUGCCACAGAUCCAGUUGGUCAGGAGGUUAUCUGGGCCCUUGGAGCUGGAUGUAGAGACAUUAUAUCCCUACAGGUGGCGCCAUUACAUCCAUGCCAACAACCCGCUCGCUUCAGUAACCGAUGUCUGCAGACCAUUGGAAGAUGCUGGCCGCACCUCCGUGCUCUUGGUGUGGGCGGUGCUGGGUGUGGGAUUCAGGGACUGGCCUCAUUGGCAAGGAACUGCAUGCGCCUGCAGGUGUUAGAGUUGGACCAUGUGAGUGAAAUCAACCAGGAGGUGGCAGCAGAGGUUUGCAGAGAGGGCUUGAAGGGCCUCGAGAUGCUGGUGCUCACCUCCACACCAGUUACCCCGAAAGCCCUGCUCCACUUCAAUAGUGUUUGCCGCAACCUCAAAUCCAUCGUGGUUCAGAUCGGUAUAGAAGAUUACUUUGAGGACCCGAACAGCCCAGAAGCUAGAAAGCUGUUUGAUGAGAUGGUUAACAAGCUCCAGGCUCUAAAGAAGAGACCCGGCUUCUCCAAAAUCCUCCACGUGAAAGCAGACAGUCUCUGCUAACGUCUUUUGUGCACGUUCCUCAAGCCUUGGAGAGGGUGCCAUCACGGCUCCAGUCAAUCAAAAAGACCCAGCUGUUCCUGGAGUUGAAUGCGUCUGCAGCAUCGUGAAGAAGUAGGAGCGAGGGCUCAGUGUGCAUUUUGCUAAAGUACAAAUCUAAGACAGAAAAACUUGAUACAGUUAUCUCGUUAAUAUCGGUUAGCCAGUUUGACUUGCAGUGGCACUAUGUUUCAGAAAGGGGGGCUUGUUUUAAACCUGACAAACUCAAGAAACGCAACAGCUUACUAAAUUUUCAUUUGCAGUAACCUUUUUGCUUUUUCCAUUCAAAAAAGUGGUUUGUGUCAUUGCACAGAGCAGAUCCCUUUUAUUGCAACCCUUGAAGCCACACGACAGUGCUUUUUAGCUGUCCGCGUCCACACAGUGCUCGAUGUAGACUAACACCAACAGCUGAUGGGCUGACGGGCUGCAGAACAUGAUCACAGGCAAAUGUGACUUCUCUUAUUCAAGUUCACGUUGUGUUUGUGUCUGCGUGGAUGGCUUAAACACAUAAAUGGAUCGACAAAGUACUGGAUCAACCUGUCCUGCACCGCUGUACAUUGAAACUGGACAAUGGAUGACUUUGAACACUUACUGCUUCCACCCAGAACAGAAAUAUGCUGCACCAGCUCCGGGUUCCGUGGACAGAGUGCAAAGGACAGCCAAAUACACACACACACAAACACACACACACACACACCCCUUCAGUCUUCUAAACACUGCCUGGCAGUGAUGCAUUUUGCCUCCUCUUCUCUAACAUCCUCUGUCUCCAUAUGUUUAAAAAAAACAAACAAGGUCACAAAUCUUGUGUUUUUAAAUAUUUGGACCUGUUCAUCCCAGACAGCAGGAUUUAAUAUCUGACGUUACCGGUGCCAUUCGUAACAGUGUCCUCAUUCCAGUGAGCGUUUUCUCCAAUGUGCCAUUAACGAGGGGGAAAGGGGGACCAAGUGUUUAAUCACUAAAAUCAAAAGCAGUGUUGACGUUUGAUUUAAAUGUGUGUGAAUUUAAGGCGUUGUGUUUCAUAUGGGACAAAGUCUCCAGGUGUAUGCAGGUGUCGUAGAGUUUGGACGUCAUCCGACUUUCUUCGUUUACCACCUGAAUCAGUGCCAUUCCCGUUCACGGAGCUUCUCGUGGCCAAAGCUCUUGUGCGAUUCCUCAUUUGUAUUCAUUUAACAUUAACGUCCUCUGCCUCCCUCUGCUGGUGAUUCCAUGCAGAUGCAGCGCUGACGUGCAGCUGGCGUUAUGUGACACUUUGUACCCUUUGCAGCAUGGAACAAGGAUCACCUUUUACUAUUUUGCAGACAUAAGGGAUCAGGUCUUCGGUGUCACCUUUAAAAUUGGAAAAGCGACCUGACUACAGUUUAGCGUAUGUUUUGGAAAUCCUCAAGAAGUAUGAGUAGCAAUACCUGCAGUAGUUAAACUUACUGUGUUCACUCUUCUGUGCUGCAAAUAACUUAAAAGGGAGGAGCUCCAGUGAUUUUUAUACAGCCAGAUCACCCGUAUACACACACAGAUACACACAGUAACACAGCCUGUGAAAACAGUAUCUUAAUAUAUGCUGAGGCUCUGCAGGAGCGUUGUCCUGUCUGAGAAAAUAGAAAUUGUGAUCUGGUGGUUAUCUCACAUUUCUAACAGAAAACCUGGGAUCUGAACUGUGGGUGUAAAAAGAUGUAGGUGGUUACCAAAAAACUGUAUUUCGGAGUGCUGCGAUGGACUGUUUUAUUUUAUUUUUUUUAUUGUUUUUGGAACUUGAUGAUACUAUGGACCAAAAUUCUGCUGCACUGAAUUUUAAAUGUCUCUCUAAUGAGUUCCCUGACUUUAUGGAAGUGCAAUACUAAAUCUCUAAACGGAGCUCACAAUCAGUUUUAAAGGGGACCUAUUGUGCUCAUUUCAAUUCAAUUUUAUUUAUAUUCCCAAAAACAUUCGCCUCAAGGCGCUUAAUAUUGUGGAGUAAAGAAGAAACCACAAUAUUGGAAAGAAACCCCAACAAUCAUAUGACACCCCCGCCUACCAGUGAGCAAGAACUUGGCAACAGUGGGAAGGAAAAACUCCCGUUUAAAGGGAAGAAACCUCCGGCAGAACCAGGCUCAGGGAGGGGCAGCCAUCUGCUGCAACCGGUUGGGUGCUGAGGGUAAAGAGCGCCAUAUUUUUAUUCUUGGGCUCUACUAGGUAGCUUUGCAUCAAGGGCGUAGAUUUGGUUUUGGCAUUGGUGGGGACGGAUGAUUCAACCACCGAACCCUGCCCUGUUUCUUUUCUUUUUCCUUUUUGUCUUUGCUUCUUGAUAAAAGGGGACAAAUAUACUUGCCUACAUAUGCUAUUCUACAUGCUUUUAAACCAUUUAAAAUUACAAUUCAAUAUCCAGCGAUUCAAUAAUCACUGGAUAUUGGUGGGGACAUGUCCCUUCCGUCCAUGCCAAAUCUACGCCCUUGCUUUGCAUGAUUCACAGACAAAAGUAAUUCCUUAUUUUGCUUAUUCUAAGCAAAAUAAGCCUUCAAAAAGAGUCAGAAAGUCACGUGAGAGGUGGGUGGAGAUUCUGUGCUCACAGUUAUCUGCCGUAUCAAGGAUUUCCGCUCUCUCGGUGACAUCAUAAAAAUGUCAUCUGUAGCCUGAUAAACUUUCAGAAACCAAACGUUUCGUCUGAAGCCUUAGCUUUUGGUUGACAGGGAUUAUGAGGAGCAGUAUGAAAGGAAAGGAUACCAGGUCCCUCGCUAUAAACAAAUCACGAGCACAGUUCUGUAACAAGUUUCAAAAUUAAUCAAGAGACGUGCAGAACAUCACUUCUUCUUCUACUCUGUCACUUUGCACACCUUAUGCGCCCCACGGCCCUGCCUCGCCACGCCAGGCUGCAUCAUUUGUGGGCGGAACGGCAGCAGAGCAGAGCAGGUUGACAUUUUCAAGGAGCCCUGUGUGGGUGUCUGUCACGUGAGCUCUUUAAAAUUCCCAGAUAAACAAAGCUCUUAGCCGCUGUGCUUCAUAGUCAGAUAUACGUACGCAGACUUGUAUAACUGCAAAUUGUUGUGACGACAAUUCGGGAACAGUCGUGGAUGUCCAUUUCUCCGUGUUCUUCCAGUACCGCAUAUUUAUUAUCCCACACUGGUCACAGAUUGUUUGCUGGGUGCAGGUGAAGGAAAUGUGGGGAAUGGUGUAAAGGUUUGCUGACACAAUAGAGAAAACACAAAAGCACUUGUUGAUAUUUUUUUUUUUUUUUUUUUUUUUUAGUUUUAGACAAUCCUGCCUUGGUUAUCAGCUACUCUGUACAUAAUGUUUGCUUAAAAAAAAGAAAAAAAGCAACAAAAAUGACCAACCUUUGAUGUUAUAUAAUAUUAAGGUCAUACUAACGAGUGGCAAAGUUGAAGUUUACAGGUGUUCACUCUGUAAGCGUUUUCUCUCCAAAGGUUGACGACAGACGAGCAGAGAGAAUUAUAUUAUGUAUAACAGUAGUGUUGAAAUUGCAGUUGUGUACUAGAUACUUUAUAUUAAAUGUGCAUCAGAGUCAUAUAGAGAUGGAAAUUAUUUAAGAAGAGGUUAAAGAUAAUAAUCAGCUAUUUAUUUCUAUAAAAAAAGAGCGAUGUGUAAUACUGUUGGCAUGUUUGUGUUCACGCAUCAGUCAUUGAGUUGCCUUCUUUACUGUUCUGCUACUGUGGCGAGAAAAUUAUUAGAUGUUUAAAGAGCUUUGAUUGCCUGCAGGUUAAUAAUCUUUAUUUCAACCCGUCUGUUGUUGCACUAGUGAAAAACAAAACAGGAUUAAAAAAAAAAAAGAAGAAGAUAUUUCAGAUGUUUAUUAUAAGAGUGUUGUUUUUAAUGUUCAGCUAUCUCUCAGUAUUUUAACAGAAAUAUGAUGCACUUUUUUCCCCCCUUUUAUCGGCCGGCCGGUCGUCGGUUGUGUCGGGAGCGACGGCGGUCGGCCUGCCCGUCGGCGCCUUCUGAUGGGCUGCUAAAAAGGAACUCUUCGCUUACGUGUCGGUUUCAUUGGGAAGGUGAUUUCGGAAACACGAUAAGCGAUACCUUUACGAACUUCUAUAAGUGAACAGACAUACGGUUUCUCAUCUGUCAUAUCUCUUCAUGUUGGGAAGGGGGAAAGAUCGAACCUGAUUCAGCUACAUUCAAGUGCUUUUUAGGUUACCGAUAUGACCUUACGCUUAUCUAUUUUGAAACGUUUUUAAUUGAUUUGCUUUAGUUUUGCUUUUAUUUGCCGAUUUCACGCGCACACCCAUCAGUACAUCAGUUGCUUUAUUUUAAAGUUGGCCUGCUGAGGUUGUUGCAGAGCCCUUUUGUUGCCCUCUAAACCUGCAGAUUAGAGGUGCCAAGCGUGCUCGAAUGACUCCUUUCGGUUCUAGCUAUGAUCCUGUAGUUGUUUCAUUGUUUUGAAAUUGGAAGGUACGUUCUCAUUCACUUUUGUUUUGUUUGUUUUAUUUAAAUCAAGUAUCCUCUGUUGCAGUUACCCCAGUUUAUCAUAGUGUGCAAUAGAAAAAUGGUGUCUGAGUGUUCAUGUACCUCUCUGUACAUAUUUUAUGUGUGAUUGAUUGUAUUCUGCCCAUUCAUCUGAACAGUAUUUUACACAUUACCUCAACACUUAACUGGGCAAUUAAGUGUGCCGUUUGUCUUUGUAAUCUUUCUUUUCCUUUUAUUUUUUGACCACCGGCUGAUCCAUGAACUUCAUCCGAUUUGCUUGAGACGAAAUGAAUUCUGUUGCUGGAAAAACAACAACAACAAAAAACCCAAAUAACUUUCCCAAAACAUGAUCAGCCUUCUCUGAUGACUGCAAUAGAUGGAAAUGUUUUACUGCUCAUUUUCACUCAUUUUGUUGUCAUCAAUAAAA